AUGAAGAUCUUUCUGUUGAUCAACAUUCUGUGCUUAGCCCUUGCAGCUAAUGCUCUCCCAGCCAGCCGAAUUGUCGGUGGUACUGAGGCCAAAGAGGGGAAAUAUCCUUACCAAAUAUCGCUUCUCUACUACGGGAGACACAACUGCGGAGGUGCAAUCAUACACAAGCGUUACAUUGUCACUGCUGCUCACUGUGUUCAAAAUGUGAGUCCAUCGGCAUUGACCAUCGUGGUUGGAACCAACGCCUGGAUGAAACCCGGCCAAAUGUACGAUGUGGAAAGAAUCAUAUCCCACGACUUCAACUCCAUGGCUCUUACCAACGACAUUGCGCUACUGAGGACCACUCAAGAAAUUGUCUUCAAUAAGAAAGUUCAGCCUAUUAAGAUAACCAAAACCGAUAUUAGAGAUCAUGGGCAUACAGUGAUUGCCACUGGAUGGGGAAGACUUACAGCUUGGGGCGCAUCUCCCAGAAGACUCCAAGAGAUCGAACUCCAGAUUUACGAUCAAAAUAAAUGCAAGAACCGUUUUCCAGUAACUCAAGGACAAAUUUGCACAUUGACUAAAUCUGGCGAAGGUGUAUGCAACGGUGAUUCUGGCGGCCCUCUCACUGCUAAUGGAGUCCUAGUUGGUGUUGUUUCCUAUGCUCUCCCAGCCAGUCGAAUCAUCGGAGGCACUGACGCCGAAAAUGGGGCACAUCCUUACCAAAUAUCGCUGCUUGUAAAUGGCGCCCACAAUUGCGGUGGUGCAAUCAUCCACAAACGUUACAUUGUAACUGCUGCUCACUGUGUUGACAACAGGAAAGCCGAGUCAAUGAGCAUCGUGGUGGGCACAAACGUCUGGCAGAAACCCGGAGAGAAGUACGAUAUUGAGAAGAUCAUAUCCCACGAUUUUGACCCCAGACGUAUUACCAACGACAUUGCUCUUCUGAGGACCACUAAAGAUAUCGUCUUCAACAAGAGAGUUCAGCCUGUUGAGAUAGCUCGGGAGAAUAUCAAGGAGCAUGGAUAUCCGGUUGUUGCUACCGGGUGGGGAAGAAUAUACGCUUGGGGGCCAACUCCUACCAGACUGCAAGUGAUUAAUCUUCGGAUUUAUGAUCAGCAACGAUGCUCGCGCUACUUUUACGUUACCGACGGUCAGAUCUGCACAUUAACUGAAACUGGCGAAGGUGUAUGCAACGGUGAUUCUGGUGGCCCCCUUGUUGCUGAUGGAGUCCUCAUUGGAAUUGUAUCCUAUGGAAUUCCAUGCGGUAAGGAAAGACCCGAUGUCUUUACACGUGUCUAUCAUUACGCUGACUGGAUCGUAAAAAACAUCGAAGAGUAA